AUGUCCACAGCCAAAAGGCUGGUGCUCUCGCUACGUGGACGCAAGAAUUCGCAGGGCAACUCGGCGACCUCCUCCACCCGCCUGGUAUCCGCCGGCACCUCGCCCGGCCAUGAGCUGGAUGAAAUAGCCGUGGUCUCGGGCACAGGAUCCAGCAGUCACCACUUCUCCUAUGGCGGCUGCCUUGCCACCGGCGACGCGCCUCUGCCGCGCUACUCAACAGAUCUAGGACCAAAGUUUGGCAUGACCCAGCCGAAAUUCGGGCAGAGUGUCUCGCAACAAGGUUUCUUCACUUCGCACGACAGCCUGGCCACACCAUGCGCCUCCAGGGCCUCCAACUCGCACAUGGCCACCGUAAGCACUGCCUCCGAAAUGGAUCUACUGCACAACAAGCAACGCAACAAGUCGCGGGGUCGCCUGAAAACGGCUGCCAGCGGCGAUCAGCCGCUCCUGGGCACAUGGAACCGAUCCACGGGACGCGGCUCGCAGGAUAACACGCUGGCCGGCGGCGGAGCCACCAGUUUGGCCAUGGGCGGCCACAACCAGUACGGUGGCAACUACUGCAACGGCACAGAUCGCUACCCGCGCUCCCGAUCGCAGCAGCAGGGGCACCACAAUGCCGCCCAGCAGGCGCACCACCCCUACCAGCUGCAGCACUCGGCCUCCACGGUGUCGCACCACCCGCACGCACACGGUCCACCCUCGCAGGGUGGCCCUGGCGGACCAGGACCGCCCCACGGCGGCCAUCCGCAUCAUCCGCACCACGGUGGCGGCGGGAGUGGGGGCGGUAGUGGACCAGGCUCCCAUGGUGGCCAGCCGCAUCACCAGAAGCCACGGCGAACGGCCUCGCAGAGGAUUCGAGCCGCAACGGCGGCCAGGAAGCUGCACUUCGUCUUUGAUCCGGCGGGGCGACUGUGCUACUACUGGUCCAUGGUGGUGUCCAUGGCCUUCCUGUACAACUUCUGGGUGAUAAUCUACCGCUUCGCCUUCCAGGAGAUCAAUCGGCGCACGAUCGCCAUCUGGUUCUGCCUGGACUACCUGUCCGACUUCCUGUAUCUGAUCGAUAUACUGUUCCACUUUCGCACCGGAUACCUGGAGGACGGGGUGCUGCAGACGGACGCUCUCAAGCUGCGCACCCACUACAUGAACUCGACGAUCUUCUACAUCGACUGCCUGUGCCUGCUGCCGCUGGACUUCCUCUAUCUGUCCAUCGGCUUCAACUCGAUCCUACGCAGCUUCCGGCUAGUGAAGAUCUACCGGUUCUGGGCAUUCAUGGAUCGCACCGAGCGGCACACCAACUACCCGAACCUGUUCCGGAGCACGGCCCUCAUCCACUACCUGCUUGUGAUAUUCCAUUGGAACGGCUGUCUCUACCACAUCAUUCACAAGAACAAUGGCUUCGGAUCGCGCAACUGGGUCUACCACGACUCGGAGUCGGCGGACGUGGUCAAGCAGUAUCUGCAGAGCUACUACUGGUGCACCCUGGCCCUGACCACCAUCGGGGAUCUGCCCAAGCCGCGCUCCAAGGGCGAGUACGUCUUUGUUAUCCUGCAGCUCCUCUUUGGCCUGAUGCUCUUCGCCACGGUGCUGGGGCACGUGGCCAACAUUGUGACGUCAGUGAGUGCAGCGCGCAAGGAGUUUCAAGCCAAGCUGGAUGGCGUGAAGACGUACAUGCGGAUGCGACGUGUGCCGAAUCAUCUGCAGGUGAAGGUCAUCAAAUGGUUCGAUUACCUGUGGCUUACGCAAAAAUGCUCGGACGAGGAGCGCGCCGUGUCCUGUCUUCCUGAUAAAUUAAAGGCUGAAAUAGCAAUUAACGUCCAUUUAGAUACGCUCAAGCGGGUGGAGAUUUUCCAGAACACCGAGGCCGGUUUCCUAUGCGAACUGGUGCUGCGCCUGAGGCCCGUGCUCUUCUCGCCCGGCGACUACAUCUGCAGAAAGGGCGAGGUGGGCAAGGAGAUGUACAUUGUGAACCGAGGACGAUUGCAGGUGGUGGCCGAUAAUGGAAAGACGGUGAUGGCUUCCCUGAAGGCUGGUUCCUAUUUUGGCGAGAUUAGUAUACUCAAUAUGGGCACCGCAGGUAAAGAACUUGGCAACCGACGCACAGCCAGCGUUCGCUCAGUGGGAUACAGCGACCUCUUCGUCCUGAGCAAGAAGGACAUGUGGGACGUGCUGAAGGAGUAUCCGGCGGCGCGUGUUCGUCUGGAGUCGAUAGCCGUCAAGCGAUUGGAGAAGUACAAGAAGGCCCCGCUGGAGAAAGUUGCCAUGGGCCGUUGCCAAUCGACGCCGGGCCUGGUCGAGAGCUGUGGCCGCACGUCUCUGGAGGAGAUGUGGCUGCCACCGGCGACGGCCGCCGCCUCCUCGCUGCUGCACCACCACCAGGCGCUGCAGCAGCAGCAUCUGGCAUCCCAGCAGCAGCAGCCGCAUCGACAGGAGUCCACACAAACCUCCUCCCAGACACAUGGGUACAGUCCCCGCAGCUAUGCCGAUCGCUUGGUCCGGACCACUGACUCACCCAGAUCGGUUAGUCCCAGUGCCCACGGGUCCGAGGAACGACCACGUAGUCGAACGACCUCGCAUCACUCAAUAAGGCCGCAAUCCCAACCCAGCCACACGGGUCACAUUUGCGACUCCAGUUCGCAGCUGGAGUGCUAUGGAGCGGGUGUGGGCGGUGCUGGUGGCGGAACCACGCCCCUAUUGGGCUCCCACGAAGUUCUCGAGGACGAGAUCAAGCGGCUGAGGGAACGCCUGCACACGGUGGAAUCGGAGAACCAGGCCCUGAACACGAAACUCUCGCAACAGCAGUGGGAUCUGGAGAAUCGACUGGCCGAGAUCGAGAUGCAAAUCUGCGGAGUGUCGUCGACGUCCAGUGUGGAUCCCGAGAACGAGACGGAGGAGCUGGAACGGAACAGAGAGAGUAUCAUUUAACACGGGAGCGUGCUGCCCCAUCAGGCGAUCGGAGCAGCAGCAGCUAAACGGCAGCAGGAGGAUCGCAGGGAUCGGGAGAGGAAGGAUCAAGGGAAGGAUCAAGGAAACGAGUCCUAUGCCAAAUACUUCUCGCUUUAGAGAUCCACACAGAGAGAGAGAUAGAGAGGGGAGGACAGGGCGCCAGAUAAACCCAAUCCCCAAGAUGUGCAAUUAAUGUCUCUUAUGAUCAUAACGCUACACCAAGAGUAAAAAAAUACAGCCGAAAUGGCAGAAAUGGCACUGCCAAAGAAGAUUGUCUGUACAUAGUUAUGAUGAGGGAAGUUCAGAUCAAAAUAUAAGCAAAACGAUUGUAAUUGGUUAAGCUAUGCACGACGGAUCGGAAAGCUUUAAUAGAUUAUCCGAGAGAGAACUUUUUCCAGAAGCCCUAAAAAACUUGUUACCCAACACACCUAUACACACUUUUUCCAUACUAAGCUCAGAAAUAGAUUGAGAUUUACAUAGAUAUAUCAUUAGGCCUAGACGCUCUUCGCUCCUUUUACUGGCAACUAAGCCAAAUCGAAACGGGUAUUCGAAUUCCCAUUGUAAAUAACUUCGCUCUAGGAACUCAAUUAGCAUUAUGAUCAAUGACAUAAGUAUGGAUCAUCCGAAUAAAUAACUAAAGAUUACUUUAAACUCAUGAGUGUAACAAAUGAAUCGUAUAUCUAUUGUAAUAUUUGCUAACUGUAAUUUGAAAAAUUAAAUUUACUAGAUGUGUAUAUGGGAAACGAUUUACUUUACAACUGAAAAUAAUGCAUAAACAAUUUAUGGACAACUAAGUGAAUAUUUGCAAAAUAUUUGUACUAUUGGAAAAGAACUGCCAGAGCAUACACCACACACUCGAAAAACUAUAUUAAUAAUAAUAAUAAUAAUAAACAAGAAGAGAAAAACUUAAAAGA